CCUGUCUAAUGCGGUUAUCAAAACGCCCACUAUUGUUUAGUAUAUAAUGUUCAGAAAUAGAAAAUGACCAUCAUUUGAAGAUAAGGUUAUAAGGAAUAUGAAGUAUUUAAUUAUACUGAGUAUAUUAGGAAUUGUGUGGUGUUCAAAUUAUCAUUUAAGAUCAAGUAACAGUACAACAUGUACCAAAUCACGUGACUGCACUUCAACUGAACCAUGUUGUAGGGAUGCUUAUUAUAAUACAAUUACUGACCAGGAAAACCACUUCGGUCCGGUUCUAGGAGGUUCAACUCCAAGUGGAAUUUGUUCCAGUGAUCUUGGAAAGAAAGGUGAAGAAUGUGAUUCUUCUUGUGGAUGCGAAUCUGGUUACACAUGUUAUCGGCCAGUGUCUGGAGUAUGCUGUCCUCCAAGAAGAUGUUAUGACGCCGCUUGGGUAAAACAGCAAAAAGAUCACUGGGCUAAUUGUCACCCACCAACAUGUUUUUUACCCCCAAAAAUUUAA